GUUCACUGACAGCUGUCAAAUUGUAACCCAUUUCCGUUUCUUUCUACUGACAACAACAGCAAGAUGAAAAUCGGAUUGUGUUCAUUCAGUGGGUACAAAAUCUACCCUGGCCAUGGCAAGACCAUGGUCAAAAUUGACGGAAAGACAUUCACUUUCCUCGACAAGAAAUGCGAACGCUCCUACUUGAUGAAGCGCAAUCCGCGUAAGGUUACCUGGACUGUGUUGUAUCGCCGUAAGCACCGCAAGGGUAUCGAGGAGGAAACAACCAAGAAACGUACCCGCCGUACGCAAAAGUUCCAGCGUGCCAUCGUCGGUGCUUCGCUUGCCGAAAUCAUGGCUAAACGUAACAUGAAACCCGAAGUACGCAAGGCCCAACGCGAACAGGCUAUUAAAGCCGCCAAGGAGCAAAAGCGUGCUGCUAAGGCUGCAAAGAAGACCACACAGCCCGCUCAGACCAAGGCUAAGGCUGCACCCAAGCAGAAGGCCGCUAAAGUGACGCAGAAAUCUGCGCCCCGUGUUGGAGGCAAGCGAUAAAUUAGUGCUGACGCAGAAACGAUUUGCUUUGCAAUAUCGGUAGCAAUUUUUUGUGGUCUGUGAACGCAUUUGGGGUUAAAAUAAGAUAAUUAACUUGUAUUGAGGAAGUAUAAAUAAGACGUCCCUUUGCUAAUAUGAAAAAUCAAAGUGAAAAAUAAAAAAAAAAAACUCGCGCGAAUGAAAAUUUGUGCGGACAAACAAAA